AUAAGCUCUUCCUCUUCCUCCCCUAACAAACCCCUUUCGGGUCUCGGCUUUGGAGUUCGUCGUUUUGGGCGGCAGAGAUGUCUUUGAGCGUCGAACAGCAUGACGACAACACCUUCACCGUCACCUUCAACGAUUCCGAUCACAUUUACACCACCGUCACCGCUUCCGGGUCCGACGUCGAGGAGUGGAUCGACGAGAUCCUCCGCAUCCACCGCCGCCGCCUAAACCGCCUCGUCGUCGGCCUCGACGCCGAGUGGCGCCCCUCCUUCUCCCCCACCCAGAACCCCGUCGCCGUCCUCCAGCUCUGCGUCGGCCGCCGCUGCCUCGUGUUCCUCCUCCUCCACGCCGACUACGUCCCCUACUCCCUCGCUGACUUCCUCGCCGACCACCGCUUCACCUUCGUCGGCGUCGGCGUCGACGGCGACGCCGAACGCCUCGACGAGGAGCAGAACCUGCAGGUCGCCAAUGCCGUCGACCUCCGCACCCUCGCCGCGGAUAAGAUGGGGCAACGAGGGCUCAAGAACGCGGGGCUCGCCCGGCUCGCGGCGGAGGUGAUGGGCUUGGAGGUGUGGAAGCCCAAACGGGUGACGAUGAGCCACUGGGACCGGAGGUACCUCAACUACGAGCAAAUCUCGUACGCCUGCUCCGACGCCUUCCUCUCGUUCGAGAUCGGGAGGCGCCUCUUUGCCGGGGAGUUCUGAUGGACCCCAUGGUAACAUUGGAUCUCUUCUUGGCUUCGUUUUGGGGGUCUACUGAACUGCCGAUAUUAGGGUUUCAGAUUAGGUGUGAUUGUAGGUGCAUCUUACGAAGGCUUUGGAUCGUAUUUAAGGGGUUUUCUAAAGCAAUGGUCUAUGAUCAUAUUUUAGCUUUAGCAUCUUUCUUUUGCUUAUGUUAUGCCUAAACCUCUAUAUGUCUACUGAAGACAACAACUAAGACAUAAGUGUUAUCAGGUAAAUGAUUGCAGCUUGCAAGGUUUAAAGUAUUUAUAGGAAUAGUUGUCUGUAGUUAAAUUAAUGCCUCUAUAGCUUUUAGUCUAUGGUUUCUUUCUGUUUUAUUUCAACUUUUAAACAUCAAUAGGUUGGGAAGAAUCCUCUGUAUGUACAGUUUGUUUAUUUGUUUUUAUGAUAUAGUUAUUGAAUGUUUGCUGGA